AUGCAGAAUUAUAUAUUUAAAUAUUGUGUUAAAAAUGAAUAUGCAUAUGGAUCAGUUCUAGUUAGAAGGUUAUUAAGAGAAAGUGGUAAAUUCUGGAAAGGUAAAAGACAACAACUAUUUGCCAAUACAGAUCAUACUUUAAGAUUAUUAAACCAAAUUACAGUUUGUGUUCUUCUAUGUGAAUCUAUUCUAUUAGUUGGUGAAACUGAAACUGGUAAAAUGACUACAAUUCAAUAUUUAGCAGAACUUAUGCAUCAAAAUCUUAUUAUUGUUAAUUUGUUAUAG